AUGGCCACAACGGUUGCCAACGAAAUGCUUGUCGAUAUGAAGAUGAAUAUCACAACUUGUGGUGCACAUUCAGGCCUUAUUGUGCAUUCCGGUAUUGUGCAGCAUGACCGUGUAUGGCCUUACAUGAAACAGUUCACGAACACACCGUGGUCAUCAUCAAUUAAUCAACUACAACAAUACAAUCAACCACAGAAGCCUUCUUGUGAACAGUCGUUAUCUCAGCAACAACAACAGCAGCAAAAUGGUUCUGUAUCACUCGCUCAAACCUUCCACGGUAACGACUCACCAUCUAGCGAGUUUAUUCAACCGGAUAACAUACAACUCAGCCGCUUUCAGUUGAAUCCACUUGACUACACGGAACCUCAGUUGAAUAGGAAUGGACCUAAAUAUAACAGAACGGAAGAGCAACGUCCGGAGAUGUUGUUCAAUGACGGAAAAAUUCAUAGUGGUACUUUAGAAGCACUUCGAGCAGAUGUGAACCCGAAUGCUUCGAAAGAGUGCAAUCGACUGCAAGUACCACAUGCGAUGGAACCGUAUUAUUAUGAGGAAGGAAUUACUGCGAGGAGAGAACCGUUCACGAGUGCACAUACUUCAAAAUGGCACAGUACAAAUGCAUCAGAACGACCUCGAUUACCUCACCCUCAGAACAAUCCCAAAAAUGAGUCAUCUGCCAAAAACAGUUACUAUCAUGCAGCUGAACUAGCCAAUAAUAUUCCACCGUCAACUAUCAAUAAUAGGCAUAUGUCUGUGAACGAUUUAACUUAUGUUCAACAGCAACAAGCACAUUCAACUGACCAUUAUCGGCAAUCGUCAUUUUAUCCGAACCAUUACAGUACGAAUAUUGAACCAGAAAACUUUUAUGAAAUUUCUCGGAGUCGCUCCGUUGAAGAUAUGGAUCGACUGCGCACAGCUCACGACGAUUACUACCGUCAUCACCUUUCGCGUCCACGGAAUAAUGUGUCUUUCCAAGAUGCGUCUUCUCCAACGCAAACUGUUCGAGCUGAAGUUGCAAGGAGUGAUGGAUUAAGGUGUGCGGCAACUGCACCUGAAGAGAUGUUUCAUUUAUAUGAGACGCGAGAUGCACUUGGCAAUAUACGUGCACAAUGUGUAUCAGAUAUCAAAGUAAAUGAACGUGGACAGUCCAAAUCGACUUCGCUCGUUAAUGACGAUUCAAACGAUUCACCAACUUCACGCACAACCAGUAAUCUUAAUUAUCCUUAUUCAAGUUAUAUCGAAAUCCCACACCAUGAUCAAGCACAGCAAUUCACCGCAUACAAUCAACGAGAAAACAAUCAUAUUCCAUACUAUAGUAUAAAAAAUGCUAGCGCAUCAAAUACUGAAUUUGAGAAUGCAUAUGAAUCAUUCCCAGACGAUCUUCAAAAAAUGUCACCACCUUCGAAGCAUCUUACGCAAUCACCACCGCUAGCCACAAGUUCGUCACCAAGCAUUCAUUUGAAAAGCUCAACAUUUGAUACGCUUGACAAGAAUGAUCUUGAUACAACAAUCUCGCAAUCAUCACUUCUCGAUGCAGACGAAGACCAACGAUCUCUUCCGAGGUUUGCACAAAUCCUUACGAAUCCGUAUGCAAUCAGUAGCAACGAGCUACGCAAGCAAAACUGCACAACUGAUGACCGUAGUGCUUGCUCGAGAAGUGCCGUACCUCAGUUCAGCAAUGAAGCAUUGAUAGGUUUAGAUAGCAAGCAAAUCUCUGCUAGCAAUCAUAUAUUGCAGCAGCGAGCAUCUAAACUAGUCAAUGAAACGCGCAACCAGAUGUCAACCGUUCAUCAACAGAACGCAACUACUGUUCACAAAAUGUCAACACAAAAUUUAAGUAACCGUAAAAAUUCACGUCCAACAGUGAGCAAUGAUGGUUACGAUGAUGAACGUUUAAUACGAAAUGGUAUUAAGUACAACGAUGAUUUUAGUGAACGUAAACUUGCAGCAUUUCCAAGUUUAAAAUCAAAACUUGACAGCAAUACCGGUGGCGGCGAAUAUACAAUUACAGAGGAGUUAAUGCAGAAGUCAUCAGUAGCUCAUCACAGCAUCCCUUCAGAUAAUUUCAGUUACGAAAAUUCACCACAAAUGAUUCACCACUGCGUCGAUCAGCAUUUAUCUACGAUUCAAGAUCGUUCACCAAGUUGUUCUUAUUCGUUAAAAAAUUAUGCUGCUAGCACCAACUCGGUACCCCGCAUCGAGAAUGCCGCUUUUGGGACUGUGCUAGCAAAAUCACAUAAUGACGAUGCAUUGAUCGAUCAAAAUGAAUCUGAAAUGUUGAAUCUGGGAUUUAAACAUUCAGCCAAAAAUGAUAUAACUUGCCCACAGACUACGAUCAGAAACAGUACGCACUGCUCCUCUUCACAUGACAACAACAAUGUCACCGAAUUAAUUCAAGUUAAUUCAACUGAUGGGAGUGAUGUAACAGCUUCCUUAAACGACCAUUCCACAACGCCUUUGUUGAGUGAAAUAGCAACAAAGCAGUCCAAUGAGAAAUCUUCCAAGCAAGUAAGUGAUAUCAAGCUGUUGAAUAAGCAUAAUGAUGGAGGCACAGUAACUCAAAAACGCUCAACUGCUUCGUCAUCAGCUGAUGGAUGUUUGCAAAAUGAUCCUAAUUCCACUCAACAAGACAGCAAUUACAGUGAUGCUAUAGCAGCACCAUCUAAGUCUAUAUUACAUUCGCACAGUAAGAAAUCAGUGCGACACUCAAAACGCAACAAAUCAGUUAGUUUUCCAUUUCAACCACAAGUGAUCGUUAACGAGCAUCGUCUUUUCAUAACCAACAUUGACGAUUCGGAUUCUUCAGAUAACUCUUCGAAAAACCAAUGA